GUGAGAAGUAAGAGCCCAGCCGGUGAGAAGCACAGGACUCUAGCCUCUGCCUUCUCCGCUAAGCACCUGCACUGAUUGUGCUGGAAAGGACUCUCUCUCUCUCUCCCUCCCCCGCCCCACUGAGGAUGUCCACUGAGAUGGUGUCCACUGAGCCAGUUUCACCUCUGGAGCUUUCAGAAGACAUACUGGACAAGUUCGAUCCUCACUGCAGCCUCUCAGAUGACCUUUCAGACCAGUUCAUUAAGGACUGUGACCUCAAAAAGAAGCAAAGGAAGGGGAAGAAUGCACAGGCCACUCUGAAUGUUGAGUCAGAGCAGAAGAAACCCAGGAGGAAAGACACGCCUGCACUGCACAUCCCACCUUUCCUACCAGGUGUGAUUCCAGAACACUUAAUUAAAAGAUACGAUGUUCCAGAGAGAGUUCCAAAGGGCAAAACAGGCUCAGCUCUUCACAACGCCGACACGGAACAGAAGAGGCCAAGGAGAAAAGACACACCCGCCCUGCACAUGCCUCCCUUUGUUGCAGGUUUGACUCUGCUUGGAGAUGAGAGCCCCAGAGUGAUCAUGGAAGAUGACGAAAAGGACGGUGACAAGCUAGCUAUUUAAAGACAUCUUCCCCGGAGAUUGCGUGGAAAUAGGUUAGAUCCAUUCCCUAUGUGACCUAGAGGGAAAAAAUAGGUUUGUCUCUGCUCUCAUUUUGUCCUAGUCUGACUCUGAGAUCUAGAUGCCUCUUCCCCAGGAGACCUACUGGUCAGAUUGCCAGUCACCUCCUCAUCUUUCCUCCUGAGCUGCUUUCCAGUCCCACUUCUUGAACUUCUACUAUUUCCAUUCAGUAAGAAGUAUACUUUUCCAAACUAAGAGAGUUCAGUGUCUGCAGGCGAAGAGCACAGAUGAAAAGGUACCCUUUCCUCCUGAUUGAGAGGGGCAGAGUCCAAGUGAGCAUCAGCCACAUCCAUGUGGGAGUCCAGAAAGGCCACUGCAGCCAAUUAGAUUGGUGAGAACAUUUGGUCUCUAGCUCAUGGAAUGUUCUGAUGAAGUGGUUUUUCAUUCUUCUUUCCUACAUUGUGAGUCCAACUCUGGUCCCAUUCUGAAGACCCUCAUUAUAGACGCCAUAAAGAUUCAAGGGGGGAGGAUCCAGUCCACCAUGCAAUAGCUGAAGAUGUCAGAGGCAGAGAGUGCUGGUCUAUGUAGAAGGUCUUAUAUUUAAUUUUAUUGUUAAAAAUGAGAGCUCUUAACUAUGUUUGUUGUUUGGACAACUGUGAAUUAUGUUAUUAAUAAUGGCUCAUAAAUAAAUAUCAGUGAUUGAAAAGAAUUUAUUUUAAAAAAUUAAAGCCAGUUGAAGUUUGUUCUGAUAUUUUCAGCAUCUCACUUAUUGAGGCUCCAGUACACUUUCUUGUAUAGCAGGCGGUGAACACGGGUGUGCAUUGAGCUCCCUGCAGCAGGCAAUCUCUGCAUGCCUGCAGGGAGCUUUGCAUACAGAGUUCAUUUACCAGACAGCCAGCAAGGGAAAGUGAAGAGUAUUAGAUGUAAGAAAAGCAGAUGAUCCAGUGCUCAGACCCAAGAGGAGCAUGGGACAGUUCUGUAUAUACUUGAGUUCUAGCUGUUAUUCUUUCUGUCUUUCUGUUCCCCUUACAAAGAUGUAAACGAAGCAAGACAUUUUAGAA